AUGGCCCAGCAACUGAUUUGCCCAGAAUGCGAUGAAGAAACGGAAGAUUUCGUUACACUGCAACAUUUUCUAUCACCAUUUCGAAAUUUGGUCUCAUGCAGUUGUGGAUUGGUGUUGAAACCGUCAGAAGGGAGCUUUAAUGAUUAUGAACUGGGGAAUGAUCUUCACGUCGGAAUCGUCAAUUCCGAGAGCUUCGUUUACUCGUUUUGGACAAAUGGUAUUUCCAAAGAAAAUUUGGGAUGGGAUGACUGUUUGCUCUUCACGGAAUUUACGAACGAUCUAAACAGUUUCGACGCAAAACUUCGGGAUUUCGUUUCCCUAAAGCAAGAAGUCUUUCAAUCAAAACACUAUAAUGACGAACUAUGGAACUGCUUCGAUUUUGUGAUUGAAUUUCUAAAAUUCAUCGACUUUAGCAACUAUUCAAAGGAAAAACUCGUAAACGAUCUGAUUGGCGAACCACUUCGGAAAGCUGUGAAGCACAUAGCGUUACUCAAACGGGUGCGGAAGGACCGAUGGGUGAAAUUGAGC